CUCCAGUGAAAGGUUACAGCAUGUGGAGGAAGUGAGUCCAGACCAGCAGAACCUCUUCAGGCCCACAGCAGACAGACGGAGUUCUGUCGGGUUCUGGUUCUGACUACGUGCAGGAGUCCAUGUCCUCCGUCUGGUCUCAGCCCACCGGUGGGCGGUGUGAGUUCCAGCCCUCCCUCCGUCCGGGGUGUUCCGGGAGGGGCGUCCAUAGAGCAGGAGGCGGCCCGCGGUCCCCCAGCCUGCAGCGGGAUUCUCCGUUAGACCUCCACCAUGAGAGCCGCUGUCUUCCUGGCGUGGUUCUGUUCUCUUCUCCUGCUGGCGGCCGGGGAGCAGCCUCGGAUCCCGGAGGAGAAACUUUUAGUUCUGACUGUCGCAACCGAAGAGACAGACGGCUUCAGGCGUUUUCUAAGGUCUGCUAGAAACUUUAACUACACCGUGAAGGUUCUCGGCAGAGGUCAGAAGUGGAGCGGCGGCGACUACACGACGGCUCCUGGGGGAGGACAGAAGGUGCGGCUGCUGAAAGAGGCCUUGCAGGAGAUGGAGAGCGAGGACCAAGUCCUCCUUUUCACUGACAGUUAUGACGCGGUUUUCGCCUCGGGCCCCAAAGAGCUCCUCCGGAAGUUCCAGCAAGCCAAGCAGCGGGUGGUGUUCUCCUCCGAGAGGCUGAUCUGGCCCGACAGGCAUCUGGAGGACAAACACCCCCACGUCCGGGAGGGGAACCGGUUCCUGGGCUCCGGGGGUUUCAUGGGUUACCUCUCCAACGUCAAGGAGAUGGUGGCAGACUGGACAGGAGAGGACGGCGACAGCGAUCAGCUGUUCUUCACCAAGAUUUACAUCGACCCCGACAAACGGAAAUCCUUCAACAUCACCGUGGACAACAAAUGCCGGCUGUUCCAGAACCUUCAUGGAGCUUUGGACGACGUGGUGCUGAAGUUUGAGGACGGACGAGUCCGAGCCAGGAAUGUCCUGUAUGACACUCUUCCAGUGUUGAUCCACGGAAACGGACCCACCAAGCUGCAGAUCAACUACCUGGGGAACUACAUUCCCAACUCGUGGACGUUUGAGACUGGAUGCACGACUUGUCAGGAGGAUCUGCGUCCACUCGCCGCUCUGAAGGACAGCGAAUACCCGCUGGUCAGCAUCGGCAUCUUCAUCCAGCAGCCCACGCCGUUUGUCUCGGUGUUCUUUGAACGCCUCCUGAAGCUCCAGUACCCCAAGAACAGACUCAAGCUGUUCGUCUAUAACCAGGAACCUCAUCAUGAGCAUCAGGUCAGCUCCUUCCUGCAGGACCAUGGAGGUCUGUAUCGGGACGUGCGGUCCGUCACGCCUGAGGAGGACAUGGACUCGGCUGGGGCGCGUGACCUGGCCUUAGACAUUUGCCGGAAGGACCAGGACUGCGAAUAUUUCUUCAACUUGGACGUUGAGGUGGUCCUAAAGAACGAGAACACUCUGAAGAUCCUCAUCGAACAAAACCUGCCGGUUGUGGCACCCAUGAUCACUCGAGCGGGCCGACUGUGGAGCAACUUCUGGGGGGCCGUCAGCGCCGACGGAUACUACGCCCGGUCGGAGGACUACGUGGACAUCGUUCAAGGACGAAGAGUGGGGGUGUGGAACGUCCCGUAUGUGUCCAACGUGUACCUGCUGAAGGCCGACCUCCUGAGAUCGGAGCUGACAGACUCUGACGUGUUCAGGUCGCAGAGCUUAGACCCCGACAUGGCGUUCUGCCAUGGCCUUCGCAGCGCGGGAGUCUUCAUGUUUGUUACCAACAUGCAGACCUUCGGCCGCAUCCUGUCUACGGAAAACUACCGGAGCUCUCACCUGCACAACGACCUGUGGCAGAUCUUUGAAAACCCAGUGGAUUGGGAGGAACGCUACAUUCAUGAGAACUACAGCCGCAUCAUGAAGGAUCAGCUGAUCGAGACGCCCUGCCCCGACGUUUACUGGUUCCCCGUGUUCUCCGACAUCGCCUGCGACCACCUGGUGGAGGAAAUGGAGCACUUUGGGAAAUGGUCGGGGGGGGGCAACGUGGACACCAGGAUCCAGGGCGGCUACGAGAACGUCCCCACCAUCGACAUCCACAUGAACCAGGUCAGCUAUGAGAAGGAGUGGCAGAAGUUCCUCCUGGAGUACGUGGCCCCCAUCACCGAGAAGAUGUACCCGGGUUACUACACCAAGGCUCAGUUCGACUUGGCCUUCGUGGUCCGGUACCGGCCCGACGAGCAGCCGUCUCUCAGGCCGCACCACGACGCCUCCACCUUCACCAUCAACAUCGCUCUGAAUCAAGCGGGUCAGGACUACGAGGGCGGCGGCUGCAGGUUCAUCCGGUACGGUUGCUCCAUCCAGGCUCCUCGGAAAGGCUGGGCUCUGAUGCACCCGGGCCGCCUCACCCACUACCACGAGGGCCUGCCCACCACCGCCGGCACGCGCUACAUCGCCGUGUCCUUCGUGGAUCCAUGAAGUCGCAGCUCUUCACUCCAGACCCAACAGGAGCUCCGAACUCGCCUCUGCUUCCAUUCACGUCUGCUGGUGAACUUCUGGACUUCUUCCCAGCCGUUUCUGAGUUCAGGUCCUGUAAAUCCUCCUGUUGAGAAUGGAUCAAACUCCAGCGGCGCUCUGUGACCCGCUCCAGCAGAGUCUCCUCGGAGGUUUCCGGUCCGUUUCUCCCUCAGGAACAGGGUUCAGGAACCCUCCUGGACUCUUCAGAGCCCGCCAAGUUCCAACCAGAACCAACUUCUUCAUGGCAUCAUGGGAAAUGUAGUUAUUUUGGAGCGGGUCCAGUUAGAUCCGUUUGUUCUGUUCUAGCUCCUGUUUAGUCUGGAUUUGGGUCUGAGUUCUGGUUCCAGCAGUUUUGUCAUGUUUUUAUCUCCAAAGCUCAUUUAUUUAUUUGGUUUUACUUGAUCUGUUCAUGUAGAGGUUGGAGUCUGCGCUUUCAGAAGCUGCAGUGUACUCAGGUCUGCUCUCACCUGAGUAAAGCAGGUGGACCCAGAGUUCUGUCUGCAGGAGAUCCAUCGGCUACAAAAACCACAGGCUGCUCUGGAGAUAUUCCAAUAGAAAAAUGUAAAACUAAACUUGUAGUGUUAAUACCUCACUGUUAUCUAAAGCUUCUGGAGAAAGGACUGAUGGGUAAAGAACAUUUCAUGUCAGGAUCUUCUGAUUGAACAUUUCUUUAAUGCAGGAGCUGCUUCCUGUGUUGGUUUAACCCUUUAAAAGCCACUGUUUACGUCACUGGAGUAUGAUACUGUAAAGACACCAGCGAUAAAUACACCUUUGUGCCCAACACCUGAAACCUCGUUUCCUCAUCACUGUCGUGCUUCCAGCCAAAGAAUUAUUCUAACAUUGAAGUUAAUAAAGUUGAUCAAACCCCA